CCCUCCCUUUUUCCCCUCCCUUUCUCCCCUCCUCUCCCCGGGCGCGGCCCCAGGCGUUGUUCGUGUUCCCGCUGCCCGCCCCGCUGCCCACCAUGCUCCAGCUCCUGCUCCGGGCGCUGCCCGCCGCCGCCUGCGAUGGGGGCCGUGAGGGCGAGUCGCGCUACGCCAGCCUCUUCAAGAAGCUGGACCUCAACGAGGACGGCCGGGUGGACAUCGCCGAGCUGCAGACCGGCCUCCGCGCCAUGGGCAUCCCGCUGGGCAAGGAGGCGGAGGAGAAAAUCUUUAAGGCUGGAGAUACUAACCAGGAUGGGCAGCUAGAUUUUGAAGAAUUUAUGCAGUAUCUUAAAGAUCAUGAAAAGAAAAUGAAACUGGCGUUUAAGAGCCUGGACAAAAACAAUGAUGGAAAAAUUGAAGCAUCAGAAGUUGUCCAGUCCCUCAAGAUACUGGGUAUAAACAUUUCAGAAAAACAGGCGGAAAAGAUCCUGCAAAGUAUUGAUGCUGAUGGGACAAUGUCAGUAGACUGGAAUGAGUGGAGAGAUCACUUUAUGUUUAACCCUGCUACAGACAUUGAGGAAAUAAUUCGAUAUUGGAAACAUUCCACUGUGCUGGAUAUUGGAGAUAGUCUGACUGUUCCAGAUGAGUUCACAGAGGAAGAGAAAAAGACUGGGCAGUGGUGGAAGCAGCUAUUAGCAGGAGGAGUGGCUGGUGCUGUCUCUCGAACAGGUACAGCACCAUUAGAUCGCCUUAAAGUGAUGAUGCAGGUUCAUGGUUCAAAGUCAAACAAAAUGAAUAUAGCCAGUGGUUUUAAGCAAAUGUUGAAAGAAGGUGGUGUCCGAUCCCUCUGGAGGGGAAAUGGUGUGAAUGUUGUGAAAAUAGCUCCCGAAACAGCUAUUAAGUUCUGGGCUUAUGAACAGUAUAAGAAGAUACUCACUAAGGAUGAUGGAAAUCUAGGCACUGUUGAAAGAUUCGUAUCUGGUUCUUUGGCUGGGGCAACAGCACAAACUUCUAUUUAUCCCAUGGAGGUUUUGAAGACCAGAUUGGCUGUGGGUAAAACUGGGCAAUAUUCUGGGAUGUUUGACUGUGCUAAGAAGAUCUUGAAAAGAGAAGGUUUAAAGGCCUUCUACAAAGGCUAUAUUCCUAACAUUUUGGGAAUAAUUCCUUAUGCUGGCAUUGACCUUGCUGUUUAUGAGCUCUUAAAGACUACAUGGCUAGAACACUAUGCAUCGAGCUCUGCUAACCCGGGUGUUUUUGUACUGCUGGGAUGUGGCACUGUUUCCAGUACAUGUGGGCAGCUAGCCAGUUACCCUCUCGCUCUUGUCAGAACGCGCAUGCAGGCUCAAGCCUCAGUGGAAGGAGCUCCACAGCUAAACAUGGUCGGUCUCUUUCAAAGAAUUAUUGCUACAGAAGGAAUCCAAGGACUUUAUCGGGGCAUAGCCCCUAAUUUUAUGAAAGUGCUUCCAGCUGUCAGCAUCAGUUAUGUUGUAUACGAAAAAAUGAAACAGAAUUUGGGAAUAGCAUGAAAUGAAGGAAAAAGGUGAGAUGUUUCUAAUGUUGUUGGAAACACCAGAACAAAAAUGAUUUCUCAGUCUCCUCUUACAAUUAGAGACAGACCUUUGUGGAGAGGUGCUGCAACUUCUGUUUUUGUCCUGAAGAGGGGAAAAUCUUUCUUAAUUUGUAAUUCACCAUUUCUAAAUAACAUUUCUAAACCUAUAUUGCACUUUAAUGUCACUGAAUUGAGAAAAAAAUCAAGAAUCUGUAUCUUUAAAUCAAUAAUAUGUUUAUAUUUUCAGGAAAUCAUGCAUAUUUUACUUAGGGGCUUUUUUUCUUGUAUUUGUCUUCUCUAACUAUGUAUUUGGCUCAGAUGAAACCAAAGGUAGGAGAACUUUGUAUUGCCUCGAUAAUGAACAGAUGAAAGUGACUUUCUGUUUUGUCAUGCUGCCUAUACUCAAGCAAUUCACAGGCAACAUUUUGCACUUCUAGAAGUAAGCACUUACUAUUGUUAUUUCUGAAGAUUUAAUCUAAGUUCUGAAAAACAUGACCUUGAGAUACAGAAACGAACGGAGUAACACAUUCAAGUGUAGCCCAUCACCUUUAUCUUCAAGCUAACCUUUUUAAUUAAAGUCUGAGAGCCUGAGAAAUUGUUGUUCCACAGUAUCAAGAAUACCUCACUUGAUUUGCAUGGUAUUUUUGUAAUACAAUCAGUGAUUUUCAUAUCUUGCUUAGUUGGACCUGAUUUCCAUUGCACUUGUAAAUGCUGUUGUGACAAGCUUUGGGUUACAGUUGUAUGUUUUUUUUUUAGGAUCAUAAUAUACAGAAACAGAAAAAGCUAAUGAGUUACUGAUUUUUUUUUUCUUCAUACAAGUGCAAGUUACUAUUUAAAAAUAGGGUGAAGGAUCCAGUAUUAAGUUAAUAAUGAAUUAUUUAUUGGCUGUAUUAGAAGAAAUAGACUGAAUUAGUCAAGAACUCAGAGCUCAUCAAAACUGCCUUGAGGAGAGAAACACUUCUCACUUUGGAUUUGCCAUUUCUUCCCUUAUUCUGAGGGUUACAGUCCACUGUGUGCUUGUAGCCAGUAAGGGAUUACAUUAUUAUGUAAAGGUUUUUCGGGAUCAUCAUGUUAGAUAAAUCUGCUUUCCUCCACAGUUAUCUAUGGACUGUGCAUGCUGACUGUUUUUGUGAAAUUUAGGUCAUAAAAUACUGAAAUAUUUUGUCCAAGUGACCAAAUGGAACCGUGAUCUCAGGUGCCCAUCAGAUUCAUGUUAAUGAAGCAACAGAAGCACACGCAGAGAACUUGUUAGUAUUGGGAGACAGUUCCUCCUCAAAAACCAAACCAGCACUUCCUCAAUGCAGAAAGUAGGAUAUUCCAUGUAUAAGCAAUUCCCAAGUGACUUUCUUUUUUUUGGAGAUGCGGGGUGGGUUUGGGGCUGGUAAUGUGACAUUUCAGUUGCUUUUGGGCAACAUUGAGAUAGAGUAACAAUUACUGCUCAACUCUCUUCUUACACUUUUUCUGCAGCUUGUGUGGUGUCUUAAUCCCAAAUUUACUAAGAUCAUCUUUAUACUUGACCUUCUAAAAGCCACUUCUCUUAGACCACUUCCUGAAAUCGGAUUACUGCAGGAAGAACUUUCUUCCUAUGCUAAAUUCCUGUAAGGUCUUUGAGGAUCUGUGUGUGUACACACACAACUAAACACCCAUGAACAGCUGCUGCAUAUAUAUGUGUGUAUAUAUAUACACACACACACAAGAAAUCAAGCACACAGGUAACUGCCCCCUUUAGGCCAUAUUCUUCAGACAACAGGUCAGAUAUAAAUCUGUGCUUCCUUGGUUGCAGUUUAUAUUCCAUAAACCAAUAUGAAACUCCAUAAGAUUCAUGUUAUAAACGUUUUAUGAGAUUUUUAGAAAAUGGCAGCAUUAGCUGUGUCUUUUGGCCUUCAAUUUAGGGAAGCCUUUGAUAUUGCACAUUUAAAAAAAAAAAUCAUUGUAUGAAAAUCAUCAUCCACGUGCACAAAGCCUUUCUGAUCUGAAUGUUUCUUGGUCUUGCCAAUAUCUUUUGUAUUUUUAUGGGAUUUGUGAUAUCAGUUCUGUUUCCCAAACAUUUUGUCUGACUGUGACCAAUGAGCCAAUGUAUUGCAUGUGUGAUAUGGAGAUGACUUCAGAAGUGUGUGUCUUCUAGACUUGGUUCAUUUUGUUUAUAGUGUGCAAGUGCCAUUGCAAAUAUUGAAAAUUAUGUUGGUGAUGUUUUCAAACGUGGAAAAGUGGAGUCGUCUUCAAAUUUCAUUUUGCAUUGUGUGCCUCUUUGAUGACUGUGUUCAAUUGUAUAUUCUUUGUCUCUUAAAAAAUGAAUGUUUACCUUUUUAGCUCAAACUACCAGUUUCUAAUAAAUGUUCAUUUCCUUAUCUGGCUCGAUUGUGCUGAUCUUUCUCAUGACCCAACAGAUAGAUGACAUUUCUUUAUUGCACUGCAUGCAUACUACACACUGUCAAAGGUAAUUCAUCUAAUGGUGUUAAAGAGACUAGCCUAUAUUUUACUGUUAUUUAAUGUAUGAAAACCUGCUUUGAGAUUAAGAAAAAUAUUCACAGUUAGUCAUCCUCUUAAAACACUAUUUCGUUGAUGAAUGGAAGAUCAAAUAAUGAUCAACAUUGUCUUCUUGCUCUUUGGACGAUCUAACACCACAACUGCCAUCUGCAUGACAGAACUCUUGAUAAUCCAACGUGUUUGUGUUCUUCAUAUUUAUCUUCUUUGUUAAUCUUUCUUCGUCAGUAAAAGGAUCAAUAUAAAACAUUUUCAAGGUAAUUGUCUUAAUUUACAUGUGUAGCAUAGCUAUCAUACUAAAAGGGUGCUCAGUAGCUAGCUUUGACAACUCCAUAAGAGUUUUCCACAAUGCUUUCCCAUGUUAAAGAUCACUGUAAACAAGCUAAGGGAGGUUAUUCUUAACUUUGACUCCUGCAAAUAUUCUUCUAAAUCGGAUUUAGAAGCUUCGUUUUGUGUAGUGGAAGAACUAGAUGCUCUGUGUGCUAUUCCUGACUAUGAAAAAAGUGACGUUUCUUUCUACUUGACGCAAGAAUGAUAUUAAUUGGAAACUAUCUGCAGAGGCUGGGUUGUUGACGAUCAGCCUCUUACAGUGAUGAGGUGUUAAGAUGUGCUCUCAAAAUGUCUGAGUUAGAUGGUUCUACCCAUUCCCAUAAAAAAAAAAAAAAA